AUGGACGUCCAACCUCUGGACUUCGUAACGGUGAGAACCUCACUCCCGACAAUUCCUCUACCACCUCACGCCUCGCGGCUGCCCAUGGUCACCGAACGUCUCAUUCUGAGACCGCUCUCCCUGGAUGAUCUGCAACCGCUGCACGUCCUUCGCACGCAGCCCGAGGUCAUGAAGUGGUCGGCCGCUGGCCGCGUUGACGCCGACAUGGAGGAGACGCGGGCCAAGUUGGCACAGAACCUACCCCCCAAUGACGCCGACAACUACGACUUUUCCAUCUGUUUGCGAUUGACGGGCGAGUGGAUCGGCAUCGGCGGCUGCAAGAGGGCCGCCGGCGGCGAGCUGGGCUGGCCCGAGAUCGGGUACAUGCUCCAGAAGGACUAUUGGGGCAGCGGGUACGCCACCGAGUUCGUCGAGGCCUUCCUUGGCGCCUGGUGGUCUCUGCCCCGCUCCGAGUGCGAGGUCAACGUCGACAAGGCGACCGUCCCAGGGCACCUCGCUGGGGACGUGGUGAACGAGAUCAUCACCGCCGUCACGGAGCCGGGCAACUUUGCAAGCCAAAAGAUCUUGAGCAAGUGGGGUUUCAAGAAGCUGAAGGUGUGGAAAGAAGAAGUCAGAGAAGGGACGACACUUGUUGGCCAUGGCAUCGGACGGCCGAAGCAAUAG